AAUCACCCAAGAUAAGAAAACUAUUAUAACGACCAUCUGUUUAAUAUGCCAAGAGACAAACGCUAAGCGGAAUAAUAGAGGAUAAACGGUAAAGAAGCGCAGUCUUCAACAACCUGAAAAACCUUUGAAUAGCACACAGCAAGGAAAUAAUCUAGACAGGGAGAGAUUUCACCUUCAAAACUUUUAAAAAUAGUCUACUUUUAUUUAAAGAGACUGAAGUUUCAGCGCCAUGACAUUUUUUGUAUUUACUCCAGUGCAUUUUUUCUGUCUCCUCAUUUUUCUUCACGUUUCAUCAACUUCAGAAGUGAACAGCUCAAACAACAAGUCAAUCAGAAAAAUUGAUCGGACCUUUCCUCUGAUUAACGAUUCUAUUCCAGACAAGUAUAAGGAGCAGAUGCAGAGCUACAGCUUUACACUAGUGGUUCCUCUUCUCUACUUCCUCGCCUUUUUCAUUGGGCUUCCCACAAACUUGUUGGCCCUCUGGGUGCUGCUCUUGCAAACUAAGAAGCUCCCAUCCACCAUUCUGCUGAUCAACCUCACCAUCUACGAUCUUCUGCUACUGCUGGUGCUCCCCUUCCGUAUCGUCUACCACUUCAUGGGCAACAACUGGACAUUUGGAGAACCAUUCUGUCGUGUUGUAAUUGGGCUCUUCUAUGGAAACAUGUACGGCUCAGUGGUUUGUUUGGCACUGAUCGCAAUGGAUCGCUAUGUAGCUCUUGUUCACCCUUUUGGUGCCAAAAUGCUUAGAAGUAACAAGAAUUCUGUCUAUAUGAGUGUUUUGGUUUGGAUAGUGGUUUUAGCUGCUGUUGUGCCCUUCUUAGCCACACAACAAUCCUAUAAGAUUACCAACUCUCCUAUAACAACUUGCCAUGAUGUACUACCAAUAGAACAGCAUAAAAAAUACUUAUUGCCAUACUUUACUACUCUCUUCUUCCUUUGUUUCCUGCUUCCACUGCUGGUUAUGCUGUUCUGCUACUCUGCAGUGUUACGUACCCUUAUGGCUGAAGGGCAACGUUUUGCUUAUGCAAUUAGAGUGACUGUACUGAUGUUAAUUGUUUUUGUGAUUUGCUUAUUGCCUAAUAACAUUCUCUUGCUUUUGCAUUACUCGAAAUCAGACUUUGACCUUUAUGUUCCAUACCAGAUCACUUUGUCUUUCAGCACCUUCAACAGCUGCUUCGAUCCUUUCAUCUUUUAUUAUGUGUCUAAGGAUUUCCGAAAGAAGUUAUGGGAGACCCUCAGAUGCUCUUGGUCUGAUUCAGAAUCCUCCUCAGAAUCUAGGACAAAGAUGACCUUACUAUCAUAGAUAAGCAGGACUGAAGGAACAGCUUGAUCAUGAGGUUAACAUGACAGGCACACAAAUCAUAAGAUAUCUUGUUAUAUAACUCAAACAUUCUAGGGAAUAUUGAAUGAUUACCAUAUAGAGCUGUCUGUCCACCCAUCUGUCAGUCUGCCUAUCCGUGUAUAUAACCUAAAAUUAGUUUAGUUUGCACAGGGAAAACUGGCAUGAGGAGAUAUUAAGGGGGUCAUAUGAUGCCACAUCAAAUCCACAUCCAUGUUUCUUAUGUCAAGAUCUGAUGAUUGCUUUGUGCUGUUAAUUCCUCACAUUAACUAUGUGCAUGACAACCAAAAAUUUGAAUAUAUAUUUGAACAGUUUAUUGUUUUAUAAUGUAAAAUUUAGUUUUGUAAAAUGAUUUGCUUGAAAAGUAUUCCUCUUUCCCAUUGCCUGUCAAAAUCAAAAUUAAAUGGAAUGAUGUCACAAUAUUUCAUGAUUAUGUAGCGUAAUUGACUUGUCACAGUCAUAUCUGAAAAUGCUCAUUCUAUAUACAUUAAACAAACAGAAACACCUUAAUAUGACUUGAUAUGAGAACUGAAAAACUAAAUCCCACAUUAUAAAUAUUUGAUUACAGUAUUUCAUAUACCUGUGUAUGACAUACCAGUCUAUGUGCAUGAUGAUCUAAAACAUAUUAUUUUUUAUUGAUUUGUUAUUAAAUUUUUAUUUUAUUUUUCUGUGUGAUGUAUAUAUAUAUUUGUUACUAACUUUGGAUAUCAGUAGUCUUUUCAAGUGAGUGGUAUGUCAAUGGGAUUCAUUUUUGCCCCAAAGAAUGUUUUUUUUAAUGUAUGUAUUUAUGUAUUAUGUAUAAGCAUUUUUAUGUAUUUAAUAGUGAUGUUAAUCCCUUCCUUCUUCAUAAAAUGGUAUAGAUAUGAUAUAUUAUGUAUCAUUAUGGGUGAUCAAUACUGCUUGUGAAAUUGUGGCAAUUUCCACAAAGUUAUGUGGAAAAUUUGGAAUUUACUUUGAAAGUGAUUCUGUUACAUGUACACUUUCUUGACAUGUGGUGAGAAAAAUGUAUGUAUAUAAUAACUUUAUUUACAAAGGAUAAAAAUUGUAACACUCUUUUGCUUGCCACUAGUUUUCUUUGAAAAAUGGAUUUACCAAGAGUCAGUUUUAAAGAAAAGAAAAAUAUAGAGAAUUUGAAAAAGUGGAUAUUAGCCUGAUUGGACUGAAGAUGUGUUUAUGACAGAUUUCUAUAAAACAUGCAGAUUUGCUUAAAAAGAAGAUGAUUAAAUUUCCACAAAAUGAAUAAUACUCUUUUACUUUAACUGCAACGUACUUGUCACAGUCAUGGCCUCCUAUUCUCCUGUUUCUUUUGAGUUUUCCUUAUUUGGUCAUUUUCCUUUUCUUAUUUAGUUAACUGAUUACUCCCCACCUGUUUCUAUUCUUCUGAUUACUUCCUUUGUGUUUAAAAACCCGGUCUGUUUAGUUCAGUUUGUCGGUCCUUAAAGUAUCAAUGUGUUAAGUCAAAUUAAGUUAUGUAUGUGUUUGUGCUUUGCCCUUAUUAUCAUUAAAACCUACCUUUUUGGA